AUGACGAUGCCCACACAGGGGGCCCAAUGGCCCCACUUUGCCGACACGUCGUUUGAUGCGAUGUACUUCGAUCAGACACAGCCAAUUCCGGGGCCGUCCAGCAACGACCGACAGUCGAUCGACUUUGGCGCAUCCCAGGCCCACUUUGGCGGAUUCCACGGCUCGGGCCCGACCUCUCCUUAUAGCGGCGGGCAUCAUUCUCCUACGCAGCAGUUUGGCUUCAGGCAUCAAUCUCCCAGCGGUAUCUACGCAGGCGGAGCACACUCUCCCACGCAUUCUUUUGGCGGCGCGCAUCACUCUGCAGCUCACCAACACGGACCCGGCCAAAGCACCAGUCCGAUGUCGCCCGGAUCGGCCAUUUCUGGGCUCGAUCCCAUCAGCAAACUCGGCUUUACUUCCAACCGUCCUUCCCCUCAGAAUCAAAUCGCGUCCAACGGCUUUCCAAACGCCCAGUACCUCCCACCAUCCUAUCCGCACGAGUCUCCGCAAGCGUAUCAGCAGCAGCCCCCACAGCAACCCUCGUCGCAGCAACAGCAGCUCUAUCACGCCAACAAUCUGUAUAUGCAUCCUCAUCACGCAGUAUACUCGGCUUCCUCUUCACACUCCGUGUUGCCGCCUCCACAUGCUGGCUUCGCGGCAGGACCCGAACCUCAUCACAGCAGCUCAGCAGCACAGCAGCGAAGAGACGAUGCUGCUCACCGCACAGCCGAGGUGGAUCGUCGCAACAGACUGCGAGAAGAAGAAAAGACACGCAGAACAUUCGAGAUCCAAAAGCGAGUGCAGGACGGCAUGGAUGCACUUCAGCUCGAAAACGACGAUGCUGCGCACCGCUCAGCCGAGGUGGAGCGUCGCAACAGGCAGCGCGAGGAAGACAAGGAAAAGAGGAAGCUGGCCAUUCAGAAGCAAGUCGAAGAUGGUAUCAAGGCGAUUCAGCAGGAGAAGCAGCGCGAACGCGCGCGCGUCGAAGCAGAUCAGGACGCUUGUCGGAAAUGGCUGUCCGACCUCAAGCCUGCCUCGGCCGCCUCUGCUGCAGAUGCGACUGCCGAGACCGUCGAUCUGUAUGCAGCCAUCGGGCGCCAACUGCGAGGCUUCUGGGACGAGUCGCGACCAGGUGCUUCGAGUCAGGCACACCGCAACGAAGUCAUUGCUGACGUGCAGCGUGCCAUUACUCGCAAAUGGCCCGGUCAAGGCCUGCAAGUCGCAGCCUUUGGUUCCAGCGUCACUGGUCUGCUCACGGAAACGUCCGACUUGGAUCUCGUUCUGCUCGAUCCUACGCGACCUUGUGGAGUCGGCACGCCUCUGGAGCUGCGUCGCGACACCAACGGCUUUGUCCGUCAUACGGCCGGCAUGCCCGAGUGGUAUAGCACCAAUCAGAUCGCCAACGCCCUGCGCAACUCGAACAAGUUCAAGACCAUCGUGCCGAUCAGCAGUGCCAAUGUGCCCAUCGUCAAGAUGGUUCAUCGAAAGUACGACAUUCCAGCCGACAUUAACAUCAACGAGCGAUUUGGGCUGUACAACUCGCAGCUCAUUCAGGCCUACGCCAACCUCCAGCCGCAGAUUGUGCGUCCGCUCAUCUUCUUCCUCAAGCACUGGUUCUCGCGCCGCGAUCUCAACGAUCCAGCUGGAAAGCGCGGCUCCAUGACCUUCAGCAGUUACACGAUCGCCCUCAUGGCACUGCAAGUGCUUCAGAUGGAAGGCAUUCUGCCCAAUCUGCAGAGUCCAAGCAUGCUCAAGAGUCUCGACGUCCAAUCCACUUUUCUCUAUUCUCGUUUCAAGCGACCGAGGCGCGGCAAAAACGCCAAAGCAAACUCUCUCGAAGAACUGGCGCCGCCUUCGCAAGAGUACAACGUCACCUUUGCGACAGGAGAGAUGGACCUGGAGCCCUACAAGACGAGAGCUUUGCAGCUCGCAGCCGCAGAUGCACCCGCAGACUGCGUCAAUGACAAGCUGUCGGCGACAGACAGGCUGCUUGGCAGGAUGCUCGUCUCCUUUGUCCGCUUUUACACACAGCUGGACCGGCGCAGACAAGUCGUGUCCGUCGUCAAUGGAGCACCCUUGCAACGAAAAGCGGGUUCUCAUCCCGGACAUGUCCUCUUCGAUUCAGCAAGUGAAGGCGAAGGGUCCGACCUCAACGAGGGUCAUGCAGAGGCUUCUGCUGAUCCCCUCCAUUUCGCUUCCAGAGACGCUGAUGCUCGUGCGGCCCUGCGUGAGGAGCAGAAGGACAUAUGGGCGGGUGAGGAACUGGUGGUGCAAGAUCCCUUCAUUUUCGACCGCAACACCUCGCGAAACAUCAAGGCGGCAUCGGUUGAAAAGUGGCAGAGCACGAUGCAGAGCGCCGUUGCGCUUCUCGGCGUGCAAAAUCAAGGAGACGUCGGGCAUGCUCCUCAGGUACGUUGGAAGGAUGCGCCGUUGAUCCUCGAUCUGUGCCUCUCGGACGCUGUGCGACAAGAGCUCGAGGCCGUCGUCAGCAGUGCGAUCGGUUCUGCCGAUACUGCCACAACAGGCUCCAGCAUCGAACCCUGGAAACUGGCGGAAGAGGCAGCAGCCCUCGAACGCAAGAUCGCAAAACAAGCCGCCGAGAGUCUACGACAGGAAAAGAAAAAGCAGGCUCGAAGAGCCAAGGCCAGCGAAGCUCGCAGGCUGCAAGAUGAGGCGGCCAUGGUGGAAGACAUGAUCGAUGGCAUCAAUGCCGGUCGCGUGACCGGGUAUGCUAGCGCAAAUGUUCACGAGCUCUGGCGGCUCCGCCAAGAUCAGGAUGCCAGCACGGCCAAAGAGCCACUGGCCGUUCCCUUGACCUUCAGCGUGUCGAGACCGACCGGAUCGGCCGCACCCACGGCUGCAGCAGCCAAGACGGACACAAAUGGGGCCGCACCGAAGCAGCUUGGUGCUCAAGAAGCAGCCUUAAGUCCGACGGUCUCGAGCAAGACGGAUGGCUCCUCCGAGUCGGAGGAUGUCGACCUGGUGGCUUUGCGACUCGAACAGGCUGCUCGUGUGGCCGAGUCCUAA